AUGAAGAGAGCAAUUGACGCUUUAGUUGUUUUAGCAGGUAAGGUUUCAGAAUAUAACGCAAAAAUGAACCCGCAAUGUUCUAAAUGUAAAGCAGCAAUGAGGAAAUAUAACUACUCCGUCAAAGAGAUAGAACGUAUGAGAAACGACUAUGCAGACUUAAAGAAAGAAGCAGAAAAACCAGCAGAAAAUAAAAUGGAUAUGUUAGAAUUUCUGAACAAAAACUAUCCAACAGCAGAAGAUUUCCUUCUAUCUGACGUCAAGAAGAAGUAUAAAGAAACUUUCGGCAUUGUUAAAACUUUUGACAUACUGACAGAAGAAAUAGAAGCUACGAAAUUGUUUAGGAUUUCAAAUAUACAUCGUACAAUUCAUGUAAAACGUUUAUAA